AUGACAGUAAAGCUUGUGGAUGACAUUAUUUACAACAUUCUCUUGUUUAUCGCUGGUUCUCCGAGCUCUUCUUCUUCAAGCACUCUCCGUUCAUGGACACUCACCAACCGUCUCUGGUUUCGCAUAGCAACGCCUCUGUUAUGGCGAAAUCCCUUUUCAAUUGUUCUGGCAGCGGACCCCGUCUUCAGAGCUCACAUCUUUCGUAGAUCCAUAUCUUUGUUGGACGCUUAUAUAGGAAGUCUACCCGAAGAAGAAAUGCUUACUAGAGAUCUAUUCGCCAAUUCCAAACGGUCGACUGUCAAUUACGCUCAAUUCAUAACCGUUAUAAAUGAAGACGAUUUGCGUCGACUACUCGCAGCGUCCGAUCGUUUCCGAAGAAACGAUAAAGAAGCUGUGGCUAUGCAGUUAUUUCGAUUCUUUUUGAAGAGUUCCUUGGUACUUAAGACACUAUCGUUUAAAUGCUUCAUACCAGGAGGCAAUCUGCCCAAGGGCAUUCGGGAGCUCAGUCUUACAUACUCCAGUGCUCAAAAUGAAGAAGUUCUACGGCUGAUUAACAUACAAGAGAAUCUUGUAGAACUGACUGUUGAACAAUGGGGAUGUAACUUUUUUGAAUUCUUGGAUAAAUUAUCCAACUUGAAGAAUAGUUUGGUCAAAUUGACCUUGGUGGAUGUUAUCAUAAAUGACGCUACGGAGAAUUUAGAGUAUUUAAGCAAUAUCAGAAUACAUUUUCCCAAGCUAGAGCAAUUAAUUUUAACGGACUGUUAUGAUAGUAGUACUUUUUUCGUGCUGUCUCGCGAGCUGCAAGACUCGUUCACGCUAACGGAGAAAUCUCGUGCUUUCAGUAAAUGGGUGACUAAAUCCAAUGUAUAA